AUGCGGCCCGCCUUCCCGUCCGCCUCCCUCGCAGGCCUCGUUCUGUCCACCACGACGGCGGCGCUCGUGAGCCGCGACGGCGCGACGGGGCGCCUGCCCGCGCUGGGGUGGAACUCGUGGAACGAGUACGGCUGCGAUAUCAACGAGACGGUGUUCCUGGGCGCGGCGCGGCGCAUGGUGGACUACGGCCUGCGGGACCUGGGCUACGAGUACGUCAACAUCGACGACUGCUGGAGCGACAAGGCGCUGCGGCGGGACGCCGUCACCAGGGAGAUCGUCGUCGACGGGGCCAAGUUCCCGCACGGGAUCAAGCACACCGUGGACCAGAUCCACGCGAUGGGACUCAAGGUCGGCAUCUACAGCGACGCGGGUGAGUUUGGACCGUCUGGUGUCAAUAGUGUGUGUGUAUGUGUGUGUGUGUGUGUGUGUGUGUGUGAUGGUUGA